AUGGAGACUUUCUUUAGGAGACACUUCAGGAGGAAGGGGCCAAGGGCAGGCCUCAGUGGGCAGCGGAGGGGGAGCGGGGUGGCCCUUCCCACGGGCAAGGUCCGACGUCGAUCCCCAGCCGGCCAGCCUUCCUCCUCUCUGACUCAGCAGCGAAGGUCCAGUUCGCAGCUCCAGGGCUGCCUUCUUAGCUGUGGGGUGGGGGCCUCCCGUCGCCGCUCCAGCACCGUACUGCCAAGCCACAACCCCCGCUUGACUGUGGUGCCAGACCCGUCCCAGAGACUGGCCCAGGCCGCUAGCGAAACUCACCUCCUGGGGACCCCCAUGUUCCUCUCUGACCUCCUGGGGAAGAAUGAAGAAACGGAGGAAGAGACGGGGCUUCCUGGGCUAAGGACUCCUCGGGCAGGUGGCAAGGAGCUGGCUGCCCCCGGCCCUCAGCACCCGGGCAACAGGCCCCGGCUCCACGUGCCCCGCUGUCUGCGGCGCCGCCAAAAUUCUUCCCACCUGCUCCCCACCGACGUGAUGUAUGAGCGGACCAUCUGGGGCCUACAUGGUUACUACCGACGUCUCAGCCAGUACCGGCCUUCGGGGCAGCACCUUGUCACUGGCUCCCGAAAGGCCUCUGGUGCCUCUGCCAGCCCACUCCUGCUGGCCCACCUGCGCCCCCUGUCCCGGAGGCGCCAAGUGGCCCUGAAACGCAAGUCCGCCGGACCGGAGGCCUGGAGUUCUCUGCUCUCGAAAGCCAUUGCCAAGUCAGGGCUUCAACAUCUGGUCCCCCCAAACCCAAGCCCUGGAGCUCCAUGUGGUGAGCCUGAAAGGCAGAUUCGAAGCACUGUGGACUGGAGCGAAACAGCCACCUACGGGGAGCACAUCUGGUUCGAGACCAAUGUGUCUGGAGACUUCUGCUAUGUCGGGGAGCAGUACUGUGUUGCCAAGAUGCUGCAGAAAUCCGUGUCUCGACGCAAGUGUGCCGCCUGCAAGAUCGUUGUGCACAUGCCUUGUAUCGAGCAGCUGGACAAGAUUAACUUCCGCUGUAAGCCAUCCUUCCGGGAAUCAGGGUCUAGGAACGUGCGGGAGCCAACUUUUGUUCGUCAUCACUGGGUGCAUCGGCGGCGGCAGGAUGGCAAGUGCCGGCACUGUGGGAAGGGCUUCCAGCAGAAGUUUACUUUCCACAGUAAAGAGAUCGUGGCCAUCAGCUGCUCAUGGUGUAAGCAGGCAUACCACAACAAGGUGUCCUGCUUCAUGAUCCAGCAGAUCGAGGAGCCCUGCUCCCUGGGGGCGCACGCCGCGGUGGUCAUCCCCCCGACCUGGAUCCUCCGGGCCCGCCGCCCCCAGAACCCCCUGAAGGUCAGCAAAAAGAAGAAGAGGACGUCCUUCAAGAGGAAGUCCAGCAAGAAGGGGCCCGAGGAGGGCCGAUGGAAGCCAUUCAUCAUCAAGCCUACCCCGUCCCCCCUCAUGAAGCCCCUGCUGGUGUUUGUGAAUCCCAAGAGUGGAGGCAAUCAGGGUUCUAAGAUCAUCCAGUCCUUCCUCUGGUAUCUCAACCCACGGCAAGUCUUUGACCUGAGCCAGGGCGGGCCCAAGGAGGCGCUGGAGAUGUACCGGAGAGUGCCCAACCUUCGGAUCCUGGCGUGCGGGGGCGACGGCACGGUCGGCUGGAUCCUCUCCACCCUGGACCAGCUGCGCCUGAAGCCGUCGCCACCCGUCGCCAUCCUGCCCCUGGGCACCGGCAACGAUCUGGCCCGGACCCUCAACUGGGGUGGGGGCUACACGGAUGAGCCCGUGUCCAAGAUCCUUUCCCACGUGGAGGAGGGCAACGUGGUGCAGCUGGAUCGCUGGGACCUGAGGGCAGAGCCCAACCCGGAGGCCGGGCCCGAGGAGCGGGACGAGGGAGCUACUGACAGGCUGCCGCUGGACGUCUUCAACAACUACUUCAGCCUCGGCUUCGACGCCCACGUCACGCUGGAGUUUCACGAGUCUCGAGAGGCCAACCCAGAAAAAUUCAACAGCCGCUUCCGGAACAAGAUGUUCUACGCUGGGACGGCGUUCUCUGACUUCCUGAUGGGCAGCUCCAAAGACUUGGCCAAGCAUAUCCGCGUGGUGUGUGACGGCACAGACCUGACCCCCAAGAUCCAGGACCUGAAGCCCCAGUGCAUCGUCUUCCUGAACAUCCCCAGGUAUUGUGCGGGCACCAUGCCCUGGGGCCACCCCGGGGAGCACCACGACUUCGAGCCGCAGAGGCACGACGACGGCUACCUCGAGGUCAUCGGCUUCACCAUGACAUCGCUGGCUGCGCUCCAGGUGGGCGGCCACGGCGAGCGCCUGACCCAGUGCCGGGAGGUGCUGCUCACCACGGCCAAGGCCAUCCCGGUGCAGGUGGACGGGGAGCCCUGCAAGCUGUCCGCUUCCUGCAUCCGCAUCGCCCUGCGCAACCAGGCCACCAUGGUGCAGAAGGCCAAGCGGAGGAGCUCCGUCCCCCUGCGCAGCGAUCAGCAGCCCGUCCCUGAGCAGCUUCGAAUCCAGCUUCGCCGGGUCAGCAUGCAUGACUAUGAGGCCUUGCACUAUGACAAGGAGAAGCUCAAGGAGGCCUCCGUGCCCCUGGGCACUGUGGUGGUGCCGGGGGACAGCGACCUGGAGCUCUGCAGGACCCACAUCGAGAGGCUGCAGCAGGGGGAACCCAAUGGAGCCGGAGCCAAGGCUUCCUCAGGCCCCAAACUGUCCUCCAAGUGGUGUUUCCUGGAUGCAACCACGGCCAAUCGAUUCUACCGGAUCGACCGGGCCCAGGAACACCUCAACUACGUGACGGAGAUUGCUCAGGAUGAACUCUAUGUCUUGGACCCAGAGCUGCUGGGCACACCUGCCAGGCCAGACCUUGAGGCCCCCCAAGCCCCCGGCCCCCCUUCUCCACCACCCUCUUCUCCCAGGCCCAGGCCAAACCAAGGGGAUGCUCUGCCCCCCAAAGGUGAAGGCUUGAUAGAGGCUGCUGAGAGCAAUGACUUCUGUAAGUUCCAGGAGCUGCACAGGGCCGGGGGAGACCUGAUGCUCCGGGACGAGCGUGGCCGCACCCUCUUGCACCUCGCUGUUGGGGCUGGCAGCAAGGAGAUCGUCCGCUACCUGCUGGACCACGCCCCAACAGAAAUCCUCGAUGCUGUGGAAGAGAACGGGGAGACGUCCCUCCAUCAGGCAGCGGCCCUGCGCCAACGCACCAUCUGCCACUACAUCGUGGAAGCGGGAGCCUCGCUCAUGAAGACUGACCUGCAGGGUGACACGCCGAGGCAGCGGGCGGAGAAGGCGCAGGACACGGAGCUGGCCGCCUACCUAGAGAACCGGCAGCACUACCAGAUGAUCCAGAGGGAGGAUCAGGAGACGGCCGUGUAGCCGACCGCGGUAGAGGCAGCUCGGCCGGCACCUGCCGCUCCGGGCCUCGGCCCUGCCCAUUCACACUGCUACAUUCCACUGGGCCGGAGGACGCACCGUGGGGGGACCCUGCCUGGGGAAGGAGCCCCAUGGCCGGCCUGGGGCCCGCCGAGACCCCCGCCCCCGCCCCGUGCAUGUGUCUGUUGCCUGGCUUCGGAGCCCUCCUCUUCCCCGCCGAGCCUCCAGCCCGGACUGCCAGGACGCCAGCCGCCUUCGUGGCCAGCUCAGGGGAGAGAGGGAGGCCCCAGAAAUGGCGCCGGGGGGCGCGGAGGGCCCGAGGCGGCGAGGGGGGAGAGCGGCUGGCCCGGCGCUCCGCGCUGCCGCCCCGCUCACUUGCCCUUCCGGCCCCGGCCCCGCCCCCUCGCACGCGCCCCUGUUCAUCCCAGGCGGGAGAUCCAUCCAGAAGUCGGGUGGGGGAGGGUCCCGGAGCCUCGCGUGGUGUCAUGUUUACAGCCCAGCUGGGUGGAACUCAGUAAAUGGAUCUUUUUCCUACUA